GGCAACAUUGUCAAUUGAAAGAAACUGAUGUGAUGGUAGACUUGGUAGUUAUAUUCGGCGUCCGGGUCCCAAGAAUACUGCAAUCCCUCGUCCCCUUUCCCCUCGUAAAUUCCACAGUAACAAACAUAUUGAUUAGUUCUCCACUUCGUUUACAAAACCCCCAAAAAAGGUUCAGAACUUGAAGAAGAAGAAGAAGAGAGAGAAUGGAAGAUUGCAGGCCAUUAGGGUUCUUGAUAGGCCUGCCAUUUGCCUUGGUUGCUCUGGUUUUGUCUCUUGUUGGUGCUGUCGUUUGGCUUCUUGGAUCGGUGCUGAGUUGUUUGUGCCCCUGCUGCAUCUGCUGUGCUUGUAUUGCAAAUUUGGCUGUGGAUCUGGUGAAGCUGCCUAUAAGAGUAAUUAGAUGGUUCACAGAUCUGAUCCCUUGUUAGUAUUCAUAGUUCAUAUUUUUACCUGCUCAUUAUUUGUUCAUUCAGGCUUGUCUCUUGUUUUGUAUUUGGAGUUUUGAGUUCACCAUCAAUCUAUGUAACUUGGGAGAUUGUUUAGUGGUGAAUCUAUGGAGCCAAACCAUACCCACUUAUUAA